AUGCCCAGGUUGAUUGAAAAAAUGCAAGUGACGUUGACGCUUUUUGUCUUCUUGGCCGAAACACUCUGUGUUCGCGCCGGCCAGCAUUUUAUCCCGGACCGAACAUACACGGCCCCCAACGGCUCGUCUACAUACCCCGCUUCCACAUAUUGCUGCGGUGCACUCGAAGCAGCCGGAUUCGGUUCCAGGGUCGAAUAUUCCGGUGAAGAGGCGUAUCAAGCAAGCAUUGAUUCGUACUGGUCCAGCCUGGAGCAUCUGACCCCAUGGUGCCUGGUUCAGCCGCUCAACACUGAAGAGGUCUCGAAAAUUGUUGCAACUCUCGUCACUGCAAGCAAAGAGGACCAUGAAUGCCGGUUCGCCGUGCGCAGCGGCGGCCAUAUGACCUGGGCUGGAGCUGCAAACAUCGAUGAUGGCGUUACUAUUGAUUUGAGCUACAUGAAUUCGACCACAUACCACGCAGAGAACUCCACCGCGGCAAUUUUACCGGGCGCCAGGUGGGAGUCAGUGUAUGCGACCCUUGACGCGCUGAAUGUGUCUUCGCCUGGAGGUCGAUGCAAUGUACCGGGUGUUGGUGGGCUCGUCACUGGAGGCGGUGUCUCUUUCUUCAACGCUCGGAAGGGGUUCGUAUGUGACAGCGUCGCCAAUUUCGAGGUCGUCCUCGCCAACGGAGAUAUUGUCAAUGCAAACAGCCAGGAGAACUCAGAUCUCUUUCAGGUUUUAAAGGGCGGUGGCAACAACUUCGGCAUCGUGACGAGGAUAGACAUGGAAACCUUCGACAACAAUGGUCUCUUGUGGGGCGGCCUUCUCCAAUACCCCAGCAGUACCAUGCCACAGCACGUGAAGGCCUUCACUCACUUCACCGACAAUGUUGAGAAAGACCCCAAUGCGUCUACCAUCAUGUUUGUCUCGUUCAACUCCGAAGAAACCGGAGACAUAGGAAUCUUUAACUCCCAUGUCUACACUGAGCCCGUGGUGCAACCGCCGGCUUACGACGAAUUCAAUGCAAUUCCCGGGAAGAUUUUUGACACUUCUCGUAUCACCAACAUGUCUGAUCUCGUAGCUGAGGUACCACUUGAAACCGGAUGGCGUCAAUUGAUGAUGACUUGCACAUUCCAAAAUGACGAGGAAGUCCUCAGCAAAGUCGUCGAGCUCUACAGAGGCACUGCCGAGAAGCUCAAUGGCACAUCCGGCACAUGGACCUUCGGGAACCAGUACCACCCAAUCCCCAAAAUCUUCGCUCAGCAUUCGGUCGAGAAGGGCGGUAACAUCCUUGGGCUGGAACUCAUGUUGACCCUGGUGCAAUGGGACGAGGCGGAGAACGACGAGACGUUCAUCAAUGCCAACAAGCAAUUGAUCGAUGACGUCAUUGCGCAUUCGCGCAGCGUGGGUAAGGCGGACGACUGGUUGUACCUGAACUACGCAUGGCAGACGCAGGACGUGCUCAACAGCUACGGUCCAGACAACGUGGCCAAGAUGCGUGCAGCCUCAUCGAAGUACGAUCCAGAUGGUGUGUUUCAGCGCUUGGUGCCCGGAGGGUUCAAGAUCUCUGACGUCGACAAGUAG